AUUUAAACUACUCAAAACUCUAACCCAAAAUUCAUAACUAAAACUUAUACUUACCUAACAAAAGAUACCUUAACCUUGGUUGGAGAAAGAAAGAAGAAAAGGAUGUAAGUGGAAGAGGAAGGCAUAGGAAAACAAAAUGGGGCUUUUGGGAGCCUUCAGGAGGCUUAUCCAAGCUUCCACUGACAAAGAAAAAAAACUUGGUUGGGACAAUGCCAUGUGGGAAGGUAUAGUGCUAGGUCAUAAAGUAUCCUCUAAGGGUAUUGUAGUUGAUAGAGCUAAAGUUGAGGACUUCUCAAAAAUUGCUAAGCCUCUUACUAAUCUCUUGGUUAAGGAAACACCAUUUUUCUUUGAUGAUGAUUGUAUGAAUGCUUUUCAAUUGUUGAAAGAGAAACUGGUUAAUGCUCUUAUUGUUGUUGCACCUUGUUGGGAUUUGCCUUUUGAGAUAAUGUGUGAUGUUAGCAAUGAUGCUUUAGGUGCAGUUUUUGGACAAAGAAAAUAUAGGAAAUUUCACACCGUUUAUUAUGCAAGUAGGACAAUGAAUGAUGCUCAAAAGAAUUACACUACUAUUGAAAAAGAGUUGCUCGCUGUCGUGUUAGCUUUUGAAAACUUUAGGCCUUAUCUAAUUUUGUCCAAGGUGAUUGUUUAUACUGAUCAUUUCGUACUUAAAUAUCUGCUUGCUAAAAAGGAUGCAAAACCUAGGUUGUUGAGAUGGAUUUUGUUGUUGCAAGAGUUUGACUUAGAAAUUAAGGAUAGAAAAGGUGUAGAAAAUUCUGUUGCUGAUCAUUUGUCUAGGUUAGAUAAGGUGCAUGUGGAAUGUGGGGAUGAUCAACCUUUACUUGAUGAGUUUCCAGAUGAGCAAUUGUGUUUAGUUUCUUUGUGUGCUCUUUCUUCUUUACAUUGGUAUGCAGAUUUUGUUAAUUAUCUUGUGAGUAAUUUCUUACCUCCUAACUUAUCUUUUCAACAGAAAAAGAAGUUCUUUUCUGAUAUUAAACAUUAUUUAUGGGAGGAACCAUUUCUUUACAAGAUAUGUGGUAAUGGAAUGAUUCGGAGAUGUGUACCACAAGAAAAGGUAGAUGCAAUCUUGAGUUUUUGUCAUGACAAAGAAAGCUGGUAGUCAUUUUGGUGCCUCCAAAAUAGCAUCUAAGGUUUUGCAAUGUGGUUUUAUUAGCCUUCUUUAUUUAAAGAUGCUUAUGCUUAUGUGAGUGCAUGUGACCAAUGCCAAAGAACUGGUAAUAUUUCUAGGAGACAUGAAAUGCCUUUGACUAAUAUUUUGGUGUGUGAUAUAUUUGAUGUUUGGGGCAUAGAUUUCAUGGGUCCUUUUCCUUCAUCUUUUGGCAAAGCAUAUAUUCUUGUUGCGGUAGAUUAUGUGAGUAAAUGGGUAAAGGCUGU